CGAUCCGCCAAUACAAGUUUAAGAAGAAGAAAAACAUUGCGGUGCUCAACUUUCGCGGUUGCACAACAAAACAACUAUCAAAGGACAAAGAACUUGACAGCUGGUUAUAACUCAAAUUAUCAAUAAGUGGUGACUGAUGGUGAGACUGUGGAGGAACCUUUUGUGAUCCGCUCAUCUCAUCCUCCUCAGGCCAGAGUGAUGCCACUUUUCAGAAUGAGACCGCUCUCCUGACACAGGGAGGUUACUCCUUCCCCAACUCGGGCUCUGUCCUCUACCUACCUCACCCCUGACUACUUACCUCACCCCAAGUCAACACCCUAGAGCUUGCUUCCUAACCCAUGAGAACCCACCCCUCGAAUUACUACCUCAGCACUGUCCUCUAUAUAAACCUGGUGCACCCAGACCACCGUCUCCACCCUCCUGAGUCUUUCCCCUCGCCCUACUCCAAUUCGCUACACCUUCAUCAACCCCUGAGGGGCAUUUUAAAAAGGCAUCACCAGUGCCUACUCCCUGUUGUCGGUAAGGUGAUCUGAGCCUUCCCUCUUAUUACCGCACACCCUCCUACUGUGUACUGGCACGCAAAGAUGCGCCGGAACUUUGAGUGGCAGAUGUUUGAGUGACGUCCCCACUCUGUCAAUGUCAGAGACUGGAGGAGAGGGGUGGGGCCAGAGUGGGAAUCCCACGUCUGUGUUUGCCUAUGAAAGUCAUCAAGGCCCAGAGGAAGGAGGCAUGAAGAAUGAGGGAGAGGUGCGAAAAGGAGAGGAGGAGGGGCAGGGAAAAGAGGAUGAUGAGGAUUACGACUCGCCUCCAGAGAGGCAGAUCGUGGUGGGCAUCUGCUCCAUGAUGAAGAAGUCCAAGUCCAAGCCCAUGACCCAGAUCAUGGAAAGGCUGUGUAAGUUUGAGUACAUCACCGUGGUCAUCUUCCCCGAGGAGGUCAUCCUCAACGAGCCUGUGGACAAAUGGCCCCUGUGCGACUGCCUCGUCUCCUUCCACUCCAAAGGUACAAACGAACGUUUCCCAUUGGACAAAGCGGUAGAGUACGCCAACCUCAGAAACCCACUUCUCAUCAAUGACCUGAACAUGCAGUACUACAUACAAGACAGGAGGGAGGUGUAUCGUAUCUUGCAGGAGGAGGGGAUUGACCUUCCUCGUUAUGCUGUGUUAACCCGAGACCCAGACAGACCUGAAGAAUGUAACCUGGUCGAGGGGGAGGAUCAUGUGGAGGUGAACGGGGAGGUGUUCCCCAAGCCCUUUGUGGAGAAGCCCGUUUGCGCAGAGGACCACAAUGUCUACAUCUACUACCCCACCUCAGCUGGAGGGGGCAGCCAGAGACUCUUCAGAAAGAUAGGGAGCCGCAGCAGUGUGUACUCCCCAGAGAGCUGUGUGAGGAAGACUGGCUCCUACAUAUACGAGGAGUUCAUGCCAACGGACGGCACUGAUGUCAAGGUAUACACAGUGGGUCCUGACUAUGCCCAUGCUGAGGCAAGGAAGUCCCCGGCCCUGGACGGUAAGGUAGAGCGGGACAGCGAGGGGAAGGAGAUCCGCUACCCUGUCAUGCUCACCGCCAUGGAGAAACUGGUGGCCCGCAAGGUCUGCCUGGCCUUCAAGCAAACGGUGUGUGGCUUCGACCUCUUGAGAGCGAAUGGCCACUCAUUCGUCUGUGACGUCAAUGGCUUCAGCUUUGUGAAGAACUCCAUGAAGUACUAUGACGACUGUGCCAAGGUCUUGGGGAACAUGGUGAUGCGAGAGCUGGCCCCUCAGUUCCACAUCCCCUGGUCCAUCCCCAUGGAGGCUGAGGACAUACCUAUAGUCCCCACCACCUCAGGAACCAUGAUGGAGCUGCGCUGUGUCAUCGCCAUCAUCCGCCACGGAGACCGCACCCCCAAACAGAAAAUGAAGAUGGAAGUCAGACACCCUCUGUUCUUUGAGCUGUUUGAGAAGUACGGAGGGUACAAGUCAGGGAAACUGAAGUUGAAGAAGCCCAAACAGCUACAGGAGGUGCUGGACAUUGCCCGGCUCCUACUGGCUGAGUUGGGGCAGCACACGGACUGUGAGAUCGAGGAGAAGAAGGGUAAACUGGAGCAGCUCAAGACUGUCCUGGAGAUGUAUGGGCAUUUCUCAGGCAUCAACAGGAAAGUGCAGCUCACCUACCUGCCCAAUGGACAGCCCAAAGCCUCCAGUGAGGAAGAAGAAGGUCCGAAGGAGGGUCCGUCUCUACUGCUGGUGUUGAAGUGGGGAGGGGAGCUGACCCCGGCAGGCAGGGUACAGGCUGAGGAGCUGGGCAGGGCCUUCCGCUGCAUGUACCCUGGAGGACAAGGGGACUAUGCCGGUUUUCCUGGCUGUGGUCUGCUUCGUUUACACAGUACCUACCGCCACGACCUCAAGAUCUACGCUUCAGACGAAGGCCGUGUACAGAUGACCGCUGCCGCUUUUGCGAAGGGUCUGCUGGCUCUGGAGGGGGAGCUGACUCCCAUCCUGGUGCAGAUGGUGAAGAGUGCCAACAUGAACGGCAUGCUGGACAGCGACAGUGAGUCUCUGACCGACUGCCAGCAGAGGGUGAAGGCCCGCCUCCAUGAGAUCAUGCAGAAAGACCAGGACUUCACUGAGGCAGACUACCAAAAGCUGGCCCCUACAGGCAGCCCCUCUCUGGUUAACUCCAUGAAGAUCAUAGGGAACCCAGUGAGGACGUGUGACCAGGUCUACGCCCUCAUCCAGAGACUCACCUCCCAGAUCCGCAAAAGGCUCGAGGACCCCAAAUCUGCAGACCUGCAGCUGUACCACAGUGAGACCCUGGAGCUGAUGCUGCAGCGCUGGUCCAAGCUGGAAAGGGACUUCCGGAAUAAGAGCGGCCGCUACGACAUCAGUAAGAUCCCAGACAUCUACGACUGUGUGAAGUACGACACGCAGCACAACGCCACGCUGGGCCUGGAGGACACACUGGAGCUGUUCAGGCUGUCCCGUGCCCUGGCCGACAUCGUCAUACCUCAGGAGUAUGGCAUCAAUAAGCCAGAGAAGAUGGACAUUGCCCAGGCCUACUGCUUGCCCUUGAUGAAGAAGAUCCAGCUAGACCUGCAGAGGACCCACGAGGACGAGGCCGUCAACAAGCUGCACCCACUGUGGUUCAGGUACUCGCGGGGGGUCAUGUCUCCAGGGCGUCACGUCCGGACCCGCCUCUAUUUCACCAGCGAGAGCCACGUCCACUCGCUGCUCAGCAUCUUCCGCUACGGCGGACUCCUGGAUGAGGUGAAGGACCAGCAGUGGAAACAGGCCAUGGAUUACCUCAGUGCCGUCUCUGAACUCAACUACAUGACUCAGAUAGUCAUCAUGCUGUAUGAGGAUAACAACAAGGACCCUGGCUCAGAGGAGCGUUUCCACGUGGAGCUCCACUUCAGUCCCGGGGUGAAGAGCUGUGAGGACGAGGAGAACGUCCCUCUGGGCUUUGGCUUCCGCCCAGCCUCCGCUGAGAACCAGGAGAAGCAGACCAACCAAGGCAGUCUGGAGGACCUAUCACAGGACGAGCCUGACCGGGCCCUGCCUCUCUCUGAGCUAAUCAGCAUCAGAAGAUCACCCAUGAUACGCAACCGCAAGACUGGCUCCAUGGAGGUCCUCUCCGAGACCUCCUCCAAGGGCGCCUCCUACCGCCUCUUCCCCUCCUGCUCGCGCCAGUCCCCUGAGAUCAAACCGACUGGCCUAGGGUCCCUGUGCUCGGGCCUCUUCAGUGCCUCUGUCCUGGGGGUGUCCUCUAGCGCCCCCAACCUGCGGGACUACGUCCGCACCCACCACCGCAAACCCCCCCUGUCCCCCGGUUUGCCUUUUGGAGAUGAGCCCCUAGACGAGCAUCUUGUAGCCCAGCUGCUGAAGGGGCUCGUCACUGACCCGGCCCUCCUGUGUUGCCCCCCUCUGGCCUCUCUGGACAGGGCCAUGGCCCACCACCUGCACCAGUGCCCCUACCACCUGCGCCUCCUCAGGAACUGGCUGGUGUCCGGCCAAGACCUCCCCGAGUACCUCUACGGCUUUGAAGGCUGCUCCAUGGUGCCCUCUAUCUACCCACUGGAGACGCUGCACAACUCGCUGUCCCUCAAGCAGGUGGACGAGUUCCUCAAUGCUGUGUGUGAGGACAGCAGCGACGCCCACGCUAAGACCAUGAAAGCUCUCUCUGUCUUGUUCGACACAUCAAGCCAGGGGUAUGGCCAGGCACACACCUACCCCCCACCAAAGGCCCUCUCCUCCUCAGAAACUCCUGUUCGGCCCCCCACCCACCCACUAUGCUUAAGCAGUGGCCCCCCCAGCACAGUGUCCAGUGCAGGGCCCUCCUCCCCCACCUCAGUGAACCCAUCAAACCCAGCCAUACACUUCAGCUUCAGUGAGUAGUCCGGAACCCCCUCACCGGAUCCCACAGAGGAACCGCAGGACAACCCAACACCUGGACCUUCAGAGGAAGCCAUUAUUAAUCCAUCCAUCCACACUGUGCCCGUCAACCUCUGAGUGCCUUCAAACUCUUGUUAGUAAUCACAGUCGCAUACAGUGCUGGACCCUGAGGACCGUUCGUCCUAUUUUGUGGACAAAAACAAACAAAAACCCUCAGGCGGAUUGUCUGUCCAACCAACACUGCCCCAUUUGAGCGACAGCCAGGGGAGCCUAUGACCAGUGUCCUCGGCAGGGUAUAGACCGGCCUGAGGCUGGAUGGAAUCACUACAGCCCAUCUGUCUGUCCUUGAUUCAGACUGCCUGCUGAUGUUGUUGCUGAACAGAGACAAUGGGAGACUUCCUUUCACAGAGACGGGAGGCAGGUUCAGAAUAUUCUACACCAAUCCUUGCAGACAAUUAUUGGCAUACAGGUAUAGUUGAGCCAGUUGAUCAAAUACGGACUGCUUUCUCAGUUUUGUUGUGUGUCUCUCUUUUUAUAUUCUGUUUUGGGGUGGCUGUACUUUACGUGAUUGGGGGGGGGGUACAAUACGAUACAACAGGAAUACUGUACACUGAGUAUACAAACACAUUAAGAACACCUGCUCUUUCUAUGACAGACUGACCAGGUGAAAGCUAUGAUCCCUUUUUUGAUGUCACUUAAAUCCACUUGAAUCAGUGUAGAUGAAUGGGAGCAAACAGGUCAAAAAGGGAUUUGUAAACCUUGAGACAAUUGAGACAUGGAUUGUGUGUGUCAUUCAGAGGGUGCAUAACUCAAUAUUAGGGAGGUGUUUCGUUCUGGUGUACUCAGUGUAUGUUUCCUAUCAUGUCUACACAGCAUUUUGUCAUGAAAUAAUACACAAUUCAUAUUUUAUAUACAUAAUUGUUUUUAUGUUGGAGUCCCAUGUGAAAUAUAUUUCAUAUCCUGAUCUCAAUAUACCAAAAAAUAGAAACAAUACACGUGUCUCAACACCUUACAUAAAAUACUGUGUUAAAUAUAUAUUUUUUACAGUAUUUCAAGGGUAAACCACUCCAGAGGAAAAUAGCUGUGCCUUUAGCCUUCCUCAGUCUAUACUGGGUUGGGUCCUCAAACUAUUUUGUUUUUAAUGUUAAUUUAAACAAUUGUGUAUCAAAUGGUGUAAUACAUAUUAUUUGGGCAUUUGUAUUGUCCCAGUGGGGAUAAAUAAAGUUGAAUAUGUAUUUAUGGAUAAUAAAAUAAAAAAUUUUAGAUGGAAGGUAUGCAUUGAAUCGUUUAACAAAAACAAUGGUUUUCUUGUACAGUAAUUCUCCAAAUUGUAAAACCAAAAGGUUUCUAUGGAUUCUGAAAAGAACAUGAAUGUCAUUGUAUUUGUAGUUGGUAUAAUAGUAGUCUAUGCUAUUUCAAGGAUGCUCUCAACUGCACUAAUGUAAAACUAGCACUGCUGAAUCUGUAGAACAAAGCUUUAUUUUUCUUUCGAGUUUUCUUCACAUUGCUUUUCGUGAUAGUAAUGAUCUAUUUAAUGACUGGUGUUUAUAGGUGAAAUUAUGACUUUUUUUUGGUGGUUAUUUCAUGUGGUUAUUUCAUGUGCCAUGUAAUAUCAGCCAAAGAUAGUUGAUGCAGUAUAGAAUCCUGUCCUUAGACAUUGUCUUAUUAAGGUCUAGCAAUAAAACACCAAGGUUGUUUUAUUAAAAGUAAUAUCUGAUUUCUGAAGGUUGUGGUUCUUCAUUAGUCUCAGGCAAUAAAAAAAUAUAUUUUAACAAGUCUAAUAGGGGCACUAUUGUGUGGGGGGGGGGGGGGGGUGGCCAGGUUCACUAUUACAGUAUGAUAUGCUCAGUGGCACCACACAUUGGAUCAAAGACGAUCGUUUGCUUCAAUUAGUUGAGUGGAUAGUGAAUGACGGGAGAGAAACAGAUCUUUUAACAAGCCUUCAUUGUACAGUUCAGCAAUGCCCAUACCGAGCUUAAAUGCGAAAUCACAGAAUCCAUAGAAAGAUACUAAGAUGUUAUUUCUUCUCGCAUAGGGAAGAGCAGAAAGCCACAGAAGUUGCUGUGUUUUAUUGUGAUUUAUCAAAGAUGGUGAAGACUGAGGAGAGGCCCACGUAGACUACAUCCUCCAGCUCCAGAGUCACUGCAUUGGAUACAUAGUAAUGACCCCCACUAUUAUACUAACCUGCCCACAUUAUUUUCUGCCAUUGCCCAGCCUGUUUUCUAAAAUGGCGUUCUCUCGCUUCAGCUCAUCCACCUGGCUGUCACUCUGGCCUCCAAGUACCUCCACGCUCUGUUGCACCACCAUGUCUAGCAACGUCCUCAGCCCAGGUGUCAGUUUGCGUGGUCUCUGUAGUUUCGGUCCUGUGACUGAACAGUGGCGUAAAAAAAUAAUUCAAGUCGUUUUUUGAGGUAUGUGUACUUUACUAUUUAGCCUAUUUUUAAAAAAAAGUUUAAAGUUCUCUACAUUCCUAAAGAAAAUAUGUACUUUUUACUCUCUUACAUUUUCCCUGACACCAGAAAGUACUGGUUACAUUUCGAAUUCUCAGGCAGGACAGCAAUAUGAUUCACGCACCUGUCGAUAUAACACGUUGUCAUCCCUACUGCCUCUGAUCGGACUCACUAAACAUAAAUACUGCAUUUGUAAAUUAUGCCUGCAUGUGGGAGUGUGACCGUCUGUCCAUUAAAUUUUAAAAACGA